AUGCCUUUGCGCAAAGCCGUACCUGCCGUCGUGCAGGAAACAAUGCGAAACGCUUUCGACGACCUUCAGAAGGUGAUCACACAACAGGACUCUCAAGACUACGAUGAUUGUUCUCUAGAGAGCGUCCGACAAGAGGCACUUGACAUCGAGAAUCGACUCGGUUCCCGAGGAUGGCUCUGCAACAUGCGGCGUCUGAAACCUCUCUUGGAUGGUCUCGAGCAUUAUUCCAAAGUUGUGGAUACACUCUGCAAUGGGACUCCAUACUUGCCGUGGAUUUGGGCUCCCAUCACCCUCAUUUUGAGAAUUGCGUCUGAACACAUUGAGUCGUUUGACUCUAUCAUCGGAGCAUACGGCCGUAUUGGGAGCUCUUUGCUACGAUUUGAGAUCCUUCGCAAGUCCUUUAUUGGCGACCCCAGGUUCUUUGAAUCAACAGCCGCAUUCUACGCAGAUAUCCUCGAAUUUCACAAACACGCCUAUAAAUUUGUGCGACGGAGUGGUUGGAAGCUCUUUUUUUCUACUUCAUGGGGAAGAUUCCAACGGCGCUUCGAUAACAUACUGGAAAACUUGAAACGACAUGAAGACCUGAUAGAUCGUUUGUUGAUCAGAUUUGUGAAAUCGCGUAACGAUAUUGUCCUUCACUAUUUCUGCACGAAUACGUCUGUUACGUCUUUAGAAUAUGACCAAGUCCUAAAGUCUCUUCUUGAGCAACUACUGCGCCAGGAUGUGGACUUAACGGCCAAUGUCUAUAACGAAUACGUUCUCAAGAAACACGUACCAACAGUACCGAUCCUAGAGCAGUUGCUACAGACCCUUCUAAUCACCUCGGCCGAGGAUCCAAGCAAACGAAGCUAUGUUUGGAUUGUGUUGGAUGGUGUGGAUGAACUUCGCGAUCAUUCUCCAAACAUACAGGCUCGAUUGCUGAAUUUUAUGAAGCAGAUUGUCUUCAAGGCUGCUUCUUCAGAGAGCGCUACUUGCAAAGCAUUUAUUUCCGGCCGUCCGUCUACGACCAUAUCUCAUAUGCUUCGACAGAAACCGACAGUCUCGCUCACAGCCGAGAAGAGCAGCUUGAGUUUGGCAAUCCAAGAGUACGCUUUGCAGAGACUAGGAGCAUUAGACACUCGGUUGAAGCAAUUAGGAUUGAGCGCGGUUGAGAUUGAGAAUAUUGGCCAACAGAUAUCACAGAAAUCAGACGGCAUGUUCCUGUACGCCCGCCUGGUCCUGGACUUCGUCAGUAGCAACAUUUUCGUCCGCGGGGACGAGUUAAGGAGCUCGAUCAACCAACUACCCCGUGAGCUUUCUUCAUUCUACUUCAAACUCUUGUCUCAGAUUCUGGCGCCCCUCGACCAAAACUCGAAGAGCCACAUCAGAUGUAUUUUCGGCUGGGUAGCAUUUGCAAGGCGACCGCUACGCAGGUCUGAAUUAUUGUCCGCCGUUGGCUUUUCGUCUGGCAAUCCUGAAACCGAGCUUCCCGCACCUCAGUACAUUCUGGACGUCUGCCGAUCCCUGAUUGAAGAACGAAGCGAUACAACACUGAUUUUCAUUCACGUCUCGGUAAAAGAUCAGAGUCGCGGCCUCGACAGACAAUCAAAUCUUUACGACCUCCUUUGUCGGCUCUCAGCUGGACUCGAUGCCGCUUUUGAGGGAAAAUGUCUAGAACUUCGUGGCGACGAGCCACCUCAAGAUGAUAGAUUGGAUUAUUUGAGCGAGUACCCAGCCAUAUAUAAAUGCGUACGGGCGGCCGUCUCGGCUAGAUCAUUGAAGCAACUCGAACAACGGCUGAAGGUCGAAAGCUCACAAUCGGACGCUACACAAAAAAAGUCUACCCCAGCAAUGGCUGAGGGCGUGUCAGCCCUACUCUCGCAAUAUCAAACUUUGCUGAUCCACAUCAUCAACGAGUCGGAUAUCCCAGGGGUAUCACUCCAGGACCUCGAAACCUUUCGAAAUGAAUUUUGCAUGUUCGCUCACACUUGCAGACUCCGGUCAUGUCCUCGAGCAUCUGUGGGGUUUGAAACAGAAAGGCUUCGCAUCGAACACGAAGUGAGCCAUGUCCGCAGAUACCCGUGCACUCAGCUAGGAUGUCAAUACCCGCCUUUCUUGACCCCAAGAUCUCUCAAAGAACACAUUCGAAAAGAACACGAGACAGACAGACCACCUAAGCCAAUUCGACGAGUAAAGGUGACCGCCACCACUCCUAGCAUCCUGACAGAGCGCCGCCAAAUACCACAGCGUGGUGAGGCUCCGUCUACGGAGGGCUCAGCUCCUGCGCCUGAUAAUUUUCCAGCUGGAGUGCAUGAUCGCGCUUUUCAGGACUACCAGAUGCAGCUGAUGUGGAAGGAGCAACAAGAUAGAAAAGGAGCUAUGUUGGACACGAAUGAGCAGACUGGGUCAUCAAACGGGGUAACUGAAAACAAAAGCGGAGAACCAAUGCACAGCACCAACGGAUAUGCAGCAUCGGUCCAGCAGCAGCAGCAGCAGCAGCGUCUACAAGCACUGCAGGCGCAACAGAGACAGAUGAUGGCGCAACAAGUGCCUGGUGAGACGCCAAGAGCUAUGCAGAUAAAAGCUCGCCGCCGACAGACGCCAAACCCUGCGCAAAUGGCGCAGUUCCAAGCAAUGCAGCAGAGGCAGAUGGAAGCUCGCCGCCGACAGACGCCAAACCCCCAACAACAGCGGCGCAACAGCAGCAGCUGCUACAAGCGCAGCAACAACAACUACGACAUCAUCAACAACAACAGGCGAACCGGCAAAUGGCUCAAGGGCAAUAUCCGAACCACCCCGUUCAGAUGCCGCCCCGGGUCACUCCCGCUCAAUCUCAGGCUAUGCAGCAGGCCCAUCAAGCACAACAGCUGCAACAGCCAGCUCAGCACCUGCAAGCUCAGCUACAGCGACCUCAGCAGUACCCACUUGGAAGGAGCAGUUCCGCUUGGCCCGGUGUAG